AUGUGCGAUGAAACCAACAAACACCCUGGUCGCUUCGCCGUUCUCGGCUGGGGGUUCGUCUCCGUCGAGAUGGGGUCGAUGCGGACGCAGGGAGAUCUGGAGCUCCCGAAUUUGCCGUUGAAGGUCGGCCAACGCCCGUUCCGUUUUACUAGGCACGUAGCGUUCGUGCUUCGCUGUGGUCGAACUGUGCGAAAACUAGAUCAGCAGAUUCCGCCAAAUCGUCCAGAGGCGUGGCUCUCGUCAUUGAUCUGCGAGAUCAGGAGUUGUGAAGGUCAAGGUCGGUUUUCUAAGGAGCGGAUAAUCGGCGACCGCGACAAUCUAUCUCAGUCUGUUUCUAUCUAUCUAUCUAUCUAUCUAUCUAUCUAUCUAUCUAUCUAUCUAUCUAUCUAUCUAUCUAUCUUUCUAUCUAUCUCACAUAUCUGUCUAUUGAUAUCUAUAUCGAUUUCACACUGUCUGCAUGUCUAUUUGUCUGUCUGUCAGUUGACCUUUGUUCGAGGUGAAAGGUCAUCGGAAAUCCCUGAUGAAUCAUAA